AGAUUACAGAUAUCCGGCCGGGAGUUAUCCGUUACCGUCAAAAAUGCAACGCCCGCUGCGAUCGCUGCCUCUCCGUGAUGCGGCGUGUGCGUGCACGCGCUGAUAGAAUACGGGAUCUUGAUUCGGUAACAGAACACCGCGGUUGCGUAAACGAAAACGCAUUAGCCCUCUCGCAAAUUCUGCCUUCUGCCAUUAUGUACAAUUAAAUUAGCUAGGUCCUUAUAUGGAACAUAUACAAAUUAACGUGAUAGGACGAAAAUAAAAUUGCGUUAAAGAAUACGACCACAUCCCUUGCGAACCACAUCCGGCUGAUAGCGAUGAAUGCCCGCGCUAAUUGCGCGCUCGUCGGUCAGUCGUUCGCGAGAAUUAAGACGGUCCUGGGUCAGUUAAUUCGUGCGUUCGUUGACACGUAAGGAACAAGAAAAUCACGAUGCAGGAUCCGGACCACGUUGAGCUGGUAUCGGCGAUCGAGAACGGCGACUUUGACAGAGCGAACGAGAUCUUGACCACCGAUCAUGAGAAUAAAUACAUCCACCCAGUAGGCGUGCUUCAAGUGACGGCCUUGCAGAUGGCCGCGUGGCAGGAAAGGGUAGAUCUGCUGGAGAGGCUCUACGAGAAGGGUGCCGACGUGAAUGUCGUGGACAAGAUCGGCCGAAGUGCUCUUUACUACGCGGCGCACAACGGUAACCCCGACGUGGUGCGCUGGAUCCUGGAGCGCGGAGGAUUCGUCGAUACCCAAGUCGGGGUGUACACGUGCACCAACGAUGUCCCGUGCCUCACGUUGAACUUCGUUGGCAGAAAACUACCUUUACCCGUGUGCUGGGGGCGGACGCCGUUACACCAGGCGGUGAAGAACAACUACGCGGACGUGGUGCGUAUCCUGGUGGAGGGCGGUGCAGACGUGAACGCCAAGGAUGAGCGCAUGAUCACGCCGUUGCUUCUGGCGGGGAGCGCGGUGAACCGCGACAAUCAUGAGGAGAUGGCAAAAUUCGUCGCGAUCGUCAGAAUCCUGGUCACUGCUAAGGCAUUCAUCAACAUUAUUCAUCCGGAUACAGGUACCACGGCUCUACAUCACGCAGCGAUGUUGGGCAGCGCGAAGGCGACCGUAAUACUGUUGUCCAACGGUGCGUGGCCAAUGUUCAAGUGCAAGAGUUCCGGAAGCACGCCACUUCACAUCGCCGCGAGUGCAGGGAGUAUCGAGACGCUGACGGCGCUGCUCGAAGCGAUGCAGCCCCACAACAUCGACACUCGCGAUCAUCUGAACCGCACGGCCCUUCAUAAAGCAGCCUACCAAGGACAUCGCGAGUGCGUACGGAUACUGGUGAACCAUGGAUGUAAUCUGGCUGCGGUGACCAAGACCGGGGUCACCGUCAUUGACGCCAUAUUCGCCCACAUCCCGCGGCCGUUGGCCUUCUUAACGGACAUUCUGGACUCUUGCGUGCGCACGGUGAACAAUUCUCCCCUGGAGAAAGACGAAAAUAUCACCGUCGACUUUAGCAUACUGGCUCCGAAGCACCAGAUGCAGAUGGCUGUGGUCACGGCGGUCAUCGUCGCGGCCUCGGGCAUAGCGCAACUGGCGAUCCUGCAACACCCGCUCGUCGAGACGUUCCUCAGGCUGAAAUGGGCGAGGCUGAGGAUACUGUUCUUCGUUCUGCUGCUGGUGCACUUGAUCUUCGUCAUCUUCCUUUCGAUCUAUGCGGUGAUGCUCGUGCGAGACGAUCCCGAGUGCGUGGCGAUCCGGAGGAUCCUCCUCAUCAGCUCCUGCAUUCUUUUGAUUCACAACAUGAUCCAAGUCUUGCUGGAGCCCAAGCAUUAUCUGAGACAACUCGAAACGUGGUUGUCGUUGGUGUGCGCCACGCUGACGUUGAUCACGUCGGUGGCGGGUGAGUUCUUCAAGUGCGACGUCAAGUCGCGAGAUUGCUGGGUGCUACACUCCAUCAGUAUCGCGAUCUUGUUGAGCUGGAUGCAGAUGAUGCUGUUGAUCGGACGCUUCCCGAUGUGCGGAUACUACGCGCUCAUGUUCUCCACCGUGCUGAAGAAUAUCUUGAAGGUUCUCUUGGCGUUCGGCUACCUGAUCGUCGGCUUCGCGUUGAGCUUCAGCGUUCUUUUCCACAGGAACGAACAGUUUAGCGAUUUCUGGAUGUCCCUCGUGAGAACGGUAGUAAUGAUGAUGGGUGAAUAUGAGUACGAAGAUCUGUUGAGUGCCGAUGAGAAAGGCAAGGCGGCCUUUCUACCGAUCACGAGUAGGAUCGUGUUCUUCAUCUUCAUCCUGCUCGCCAGCAUCGUGCUGAUCAAUCUCAUGAUUGGUCUGGCGGUCAACGACAUUCAAGCUCUCGAGAGGGAGGGCCACAUACGCCGAUUACUGAAGCAAGCGGAGUUUGUCGCGCACUUGGAGAGGGUGACGUCACACAAAAUCUUCCGCAGCAAUUGGCUACAUCCUCGCUUCAAAAUGCUGCUGCACUCGAGGCGCGAUAUUCCCACAAAAAUAAUGCUGACCUCUCGCGAAAAUUACUUCCCUCACAUGAGUCACAUCACGGACUCGCAGCGUGUGAUUUGCGCCGAUCUAAUAGAACCGCUGCUCCAGCUCGCCACGAAGACGUCGUUCCAGAACGACAAUUUGACGGAUAAGAAUAUAUGGGACACGAAGCUAUCGUCCAUGCUGAUCAAUCUGGAGGACCAAAUCCGGGAAUUGAAAACGCACUGCUACCGCAGUCUGGUGAACCAGCGAGCGUCGAAGAUAUGCGGAUUCAGAAUAAAGAAACCGUAAAGUCCCGG